CACACGCACACAUAUAUACACGCCCUCCACCCCCAUCGCUGCAGUGUCUCAACUGCCUUGGAGCAAACAAGAGAGGAUAUAGAACACAGACGUUAAUAAGACAGAGAAAGAGGGGCGCUGAAAGAGAGAGAGAGAGAUGUACGUGAGUGUGUGUGACCCUGUGAAUAUGAGGAAGAUAUGAAGAUGAAGCAGCAGGACUAAAGGUGGAUUGCACAGAGCCUUUCUCUCCCUGCAAAGGCUUGUCUGCAGUAUCCUUUGUAAAUGGAUGCUGGCUUGUGAGCACGACUCGGAGGCCUUCAGUUGCUGGGGAGAUAUCAGACCACAGAAGAAGCAGCAAAGUUUUUAUCAGGAAGAUCAAGCAAAACAGGCCAAUUUCUAACUGAGGUGGAUGGUAGCAGAAGCCAAGCAAGGGCAACGUACCACAAGAGCCAUGUGGGAGGAGAGUGAGGGAGUUUUGCUAUUCUCACACAUCAAGCCCAAACACUUUGUCUACUGAUAUACGCUUAACGUUCUCCAGCACUCUUCCAGAGCUUUUCCUCAGGGGGAGCCCCUGCUAUGAACCCCAGCUCUGUUGGCUUCAGCAGGCAGUCCAACCUCAGUGCCAGGCUCUGUGUGGGCAUCCCGCAAGUCUGGGUUCUGCCCACACAGGACUCACAGACUGCCCCAGAACAAAAAGAAUGAAAUACUCCUGAGUCACUCCUCUGUGUGGUGGCUCUCCUGUCUAGUGUUAAAUUGGUCUGUUGUGAAGUUCUGUCUGCCUCUUCACCGACAAGUUCCUAUCUUUAGUGAAAACCCUCUCCAACUCUUCCACCAGCCCCUUCUAGGUCACCACUUCGUUAUAAUUUGCUUUCCCAUCAAGCAGCAGCACGAGUUCCUUUGUGCUUACCACGUGGUGGAGGACCAUGGGAUGCCGUCAGAGCUCGGAGGAGAAGGAAGCGGCGCGGCGCUCUCGGCGAAUCGACCGCCACUUGCGCUCAGAGAGUCAGCGGCAGCGGCGUGAGAUCAAGCUGCUGUUGCUUGGCACCAGCAACUCGGGCAAGAGUACUAUAGUCAAGCAGAUGAAGAUCAUCCACAGUGGAGGCUUCAACCUGGAGGCUUGCAAGGAGUACAAGCCCCUCAUCCUGUACAAUGCCAUCGACUCUCUCACCCGCAUCAUCCGCGCCCUCACCACUCUCAAGAUCGACUUUCACAAUCCUGAUCGUGCUUACGAUGCUGUGCAGCUCUUUGCCCUCACAGGGCCAGCUGAAAGCAAAGGGGAGAUCACUCCAGAGUUGCUGGGGGUCAUGAAGCGUCUGUGGGCUGACUCAGGGGUCCAGGAGUGCUUUCAGCGAUCCAAUGAGUACCACUUAGAGGACAACACUGCCUACUACCUGAAUGACCUGGACCGCAUCUCUGCACUCGAGUACAUCCCAACUGUAGAGGACAUCCUACGGUCCCGCGACAUGACCACCGGCAUUGUGGAGAACAAGUUCACCUUCAAGGAGCUCACCUUCAAGAUGGUAGAUGUGGGCGGACAGCGUUCAGAGAGAAAGAAGUGGAUCCACUGCUUUGAGGGCGUGACUGCAAUCAUUUUCUGUGUCGAGCUAAGUGGCUAUGACCUCAAACUCUACGAGGACAACCAAACGAGCCGCAUGGCCGAGAGCUUGCGCCUGUUCGACUCCAUCUGCAACAACAACUGGUUUACCAACACAUCGCUCAUCCUCUUCCUCAACAAGAAGGACCUGUUGGCUGAGAAGAUCAAACGUAUUCCUCUGACAGUGUGCUUCCCUGACUACAAAGGUCAGAACACCUAUGAGGAGGCAGCUGUCUAUGUGCAACGGCAGUUUGAGGACCUCAACCGCAACAAGGAGACCAAGGAGAUCUAUUCGCACUUCACCUGUGCCACUGACACCAGCAACAUCCAGUUUGUGUUCGACGCUGUCACGGACGUGAUCAUCCAGAACAAUCUCAAGUACAUUGGGCUGUGCUAGGACCUGAUGCUGGGUGGGGGUUGGGGGGUGGGAGGUAAGGUGGGCUGCUCGGCAGCAGUUGGCCCGCCAUCAGCCUGGAUAAACAAAAGGCAUGUCAGUCUGCCUGACCUUUGAAGAGGUGCAACAGAGACCUGCAAAGGAAAUGAGGUAGUCAGAUGGUCAGGGAUGGAUGAUACUGUAGAUUUAAGUGUUUCAGUUGAAACAAAAGAGCUGAUGGGCCAUGGUCAAGAUGGGAUUUUUACCCAAUGUGUUUGCACUGAAUAUGAGUAUGCAGAGACACCCAAACACACGCACACACACUGACACACAUCCUUAUGUUUGCUCACACACAAGAUCUUUGGAUUAACAGUCAAGCACUUGUUUGACAAGGCAACACUGGAAAUUUUAGACAACUACCCUUACCUGCCUGCCAAACCUGAGGUAGUAGGUCUGUACUGGUGGUUUUCGGUUACUUUUGUCUCCUUUAUUUUAUUUGCCAGAGUCAAUUAAUGCUGCUUUACAUGAAAAAUUUUGACAGAAUCAAUGUUCUCUUUUGGAUUUUCACCCUAACAAUGGUAACCAGUGAGUGCACCUGAUGAGACAUAGGGAGAGCCUGUAUCUCUGAGAAAAAAAAAAAGUCAGUAGACAUGAUGUCACAGGGUUUCUGCCUAAAAGAGGAAACUGCCACAGUGUAAAGCUGAAGUGAAAUACGUUUUCUACACACUAUUUCUGUUCUGCCCCGUGGUCGACUCUCUAAUGUUGUUUUUUCCCCCCUAUUUCUUUUAUCGUUUUUUGUGCUUUAAAAAAAAAAAGAAUAUGUCUCAUAAACCUGCCUUUUAUAGCAGGUCACUGACUUAUGAUACCAGGAGAGUGUUAUACUCGGUCGAGUCAAAAGUAUUCUUUAUGAUCAUUCCAGUUUCCAGCAAGAGACAACAAAAACAGUGCCAAGACCAAUUUGUAAAUAAAACCAGAUCCCAUCCAUUACGUUAAUUUUUGUUUUGUUUUUAUGGACAAAUACAUUAAAACAUGCAUGAUUUUGUUACUUUGGAAUACUAAUAUAUUUUCUUUGGAAUUAUGUUCCUCUUUUCUUAGGUUUAAAUAAUAUAUUCCCAAAAAUAUAUAUAAAAGUCAAACACUGUGUACGAUUGUACAGUUGUCAGAGAGGAAUCUAUUGAAAAGAGUUAUAUCGAUAUAAUAACAGUGACGAUGAUGUUAUGAUGAAAAAGAUGACUGAUGAUGAUGAUAGUGGUGAUGAUGAACACAAUAAUGUCAAAGUUAGCAUGAGUGGAGAAAUCGGAUCAAAGGAGAACAAGACUGUAGAAAACUAUGAAAGCGACGAAGCAGAUCUUGAGAGUUCAAUCUUCCUUGCAUUAUCUAAGUGGAAAUUGUUAAACAGCCAGUCAGUAUGAUGUGUAAAUAUACUGUAAGGUACACUCUUUGUUCAAACAAAUGAAAAUAAAGGUUGAGUUGGGAUACUGUAAGUGAGAUAAAGAGAGCGAGAGAAAGAGAAGGAGGAAAACCCCACUCUGCUCCUCCUCUUACCCUUUCUUUUCAGUUCAGAGGGUGAUGUGCAAACAACUCAGCUAAGGGCUUCAGGCUUGACUUUACGGGAUGUCCACUUCAACAAAAGACAAAACAAGUAAAAAAGAAAUAUAAAAAGGACAAUAACUAUGAAUAAAACAACUUAUGCAAA